AUGAAUGCUAUCUCAAGCUUGGUGCUUCUAGGAUGGGCCAUGUGUCUAGAGAACACAGCUAAGACGUUCGACCCUGUCCUUCCCGAGACAACUUUCUACAGACCGGACAUCUCAUCUUCCAGCAAGUACUCAUUGCUCACAUCCAAGCCCGAGGUGCCGAACAAGAGCACAAGCCUGCAGAGUCCUGUGGCAUUUGGAGAAGGAAACUUCUAUAAGCUCUUACACCCAUCAAUGACACGAUUGACCGACUACUUCAACUCGCAUAGCUCUGAAUUCAGCAACUGGUAUCUUUCGCCAAGUCUGAUUAUGAGUAAGGAUCUAAAAGAACAAAUCACCUCAGGCCUGUACAAGGCCCAGCCCCAAGGGGAUAAGGAGUUGAAAGAGUUCUGGGGAUCUAUAAUGGGAGAGCUUCUCAUCAGAGACUUGCCUGAGCUGAAGUCGAAUCUUGCAGAACUGAAGGAAAUACAAAAUGAAGAAAGAAAGAAGAAGAGCAUAGCCGAGCUUAAGGACAUUAACAACAGGAAGAUUAAGGAAGAAGACAGCUUCUUCGGAGCUGCAUGGUUCAUUCUGGACUGCCUUUCUCUCGGGGUUUCAAACCGCAAUGCAGAGAGCUACACAGAUGUGAUUGGGCCGUUUGUGGAUGCAGCUGUUGCCUUCAAGGCUCUUGAGCACAAUUUUUCGAAUAUAAUUGGAUCUUCUAGGAGCCUAUCCUCCUCCUCUGCAAGCAAGGUCUAA